AUGUAUGAGCCACUAUAUCUUGCAUUUGACGCAUACCCAACUGUGGUCCCUCGAGUCAGGGUGCGAGGCGUCAUGGCUCUCUUCCUGGCGGUCUCGAUUCUAUGGGCCCUGAUCUGGCUCCUAUAUCGUGCGUGGCAAGUCUGUCAGACCUCUAACGAGGUUCUGGUAGAGAAAUUGGGAUUAGACAUCCCGCCGCCGCCGGAAGUGACCCUUGAGGAGAUCACGGCCCGUGAUAUUCGUCUUGCCUGGAAGCAGCCGGACUUUCAUAACUCAAUACACAAGCACAUAAUUCAAGUGAAUAACGUCAAAGUGGGCGAAUCAAAACGAGUCGAAACCGCGGUGGAAAUUUUGAACCUCGUCCCUGGAAGCAUAUACCAUAUCUGCGUUCUUUCCGUUAGCGCUGCGAAUUUCCAAACCCCAAGUGCGAUCCUUCACAUCCGAACGAAAUCUCUUUCUCUUUCCCGUGCCCAACAAGAUGCCACCACUAGCGGACCGACGAUUCGAGCCUCGAUCCCGAGGUCAACAGCUGGCUUACCAACACCAUCCGCCCCAGUAAUGUCGCGCGAGCACAGUGCCGGCCAGUUACCUGGCAAGCGACCGUCUGCAGGCCGCAAAUUAUCACCGGCCGCGGGAUCGACAGACCAUGCGCACGGCCAUUCCGACGAAUCACAUAAGCGCAACAACAGGAAUGACCGCGAACAAAGUCUGGAGAAUCUAGCAGAUCGCCUCAAAUCUUUACAGCAAGAAAACGACAAUCAGGAGAAACAAGCAGCUGAAGAGGAAGACGAGCAUAUUGCACUGCUCAAGGACCUCGAGAAACAACGUGACGAUCUGAGAAAGCGUGUCAAGGAGAAGGAUGAAGUAAGCGGUGAUCUGAAGAAGCAUGUUUCGAAAUUGGAAAGCGUCAACCGCACUGUACAGAGCGAGAAAACCAAACGCAUGAGACUCCUUCAGCAGAAAGAAGCCGAGCGCAAGAAACGCAAGAACGACAUUCUUCGGUGGCAGGAAAAGAUCACUCGUAUGACCAAUGAUGUUGCGCAAACCAAGGAGGAUAAGGCACGAAUGGAGGAAGAUACCGAGUCUCGUGCAGAAGAGGUCCGACAAAAGAUCGCCAAGGAACAAUCAGAGAUGAAAAUCAUCGACGAUGAAAUUCAAGACAAAGGAGGACGAAUCAAGAAGCUUGAGGACGAAAGAAAGGGACUUCAAGGUGGGGAGAGCGAGGAUGGCAAGGAACUUGAUCGGAUUGACCAUGAACGCGCUCGCCAGUGGGAGCUGAAGCUGAACACGCUGCAUGCUCGUUAUGCGACUCUCGUCAAUCUUCAUGCGCAGGCCCAACAGCAAUAUCAAGAAGCCCAGGAACGGCUGAAGUGGCUUACCAGCCAGCGACCUGGCAGCUCAGCUUUCUCCUUGCCGGCAUUGGAUCUGGAUAUGUCUAAUAAUGCUACCAUCCGACCUCGUCGUCAUCGUAGCUCGUUGACGAGCAACGUUUCUUCUCCGGUGAAUUUCCCUGGCGUUGAGACAACUUUUCCUGCUGGAAUCAACUACAACCCACCCUCUACCAACUCGCCCACUUUCGCUCCAAACUCCUUCUUCAACAUCAAUAAUGGAAUGGCCCUUCCUGGCCUUACCGAUCCUCCUGAGAUCAUGCGGUCUGACAUGGAGGUGUCUUUCAAUAACCCUCAAAUGAGUCCUCGUGCGGAUGCCUUAUUACCAUCUGACCUUCUUGGCGAUGAGGAGUCCCCGGAAUUCCCGCGCCCCAUCACUCGUCCACGGUUUUCGUCGAUGGGAACAUCAACUAAUCCUCUGGAUAGCUUUAUCCAUGGUCCAGUCUCGCCGGUCUCUUCGGGAAGCAGGCCUGGUAGUAUCUUUGCCAGUCCACUUGGAUCUCAUCACCGACAAGAUUCUGAUUCACAACUAACACACUUGUCGGCUGCUGGAGAGGCUCCGAAGAGUGCCUCGAGGAGGCUCUCCGGUCUCUUUGGAUUUCAUCGACCUCGUGGGAAAACACUGGCCGACGAGCCGCCCAUGUUAGGUACUUUAAAACCGGGACAAAGCCAGUCUUUCCCGCGCAAUGUUGAUGAGCUGGAUCCAAUCGGUUCGCGACGUCGGAGAUUGAGUUACACAGGCAACUGGGCCAAUGCGAUGUCUUUGUUCCCUCGGAGCAAUACGACUGGAGUUACUACAGACAGCUCAUCUGAUCACCCACCAUCCCGACGAGCUGCACUGUCAAGUAUUUUCUCUUCCAGCAAGUUCGGCUUUGGCAGCACUGACAGCCGAGGGGCUACCGAUAUGAAUUCAGGGUACAAUCAAUUUAGCCCGCGCCAUGAUCCAAUUGAUCCAUCGUCUCUUCUCGGCGGUGUUCGACGUGGUUCCCUGUCGCCUCGGCCUUCAUCGACCUUUUCAUUCGAUAAUCAGAACCAGCUGCCCCAUCCUUCCACAGAUAACCGUCAUUUCGGGUGGCCUUCGGCAGAACAAAUGAGACAUCGCAAUAGUCCGCUUGGUUUGGACUGGGCCUCACCUUCCACGUGGUCCAGGGCCCCAUCCCGACGUCCUUCGAUCCAAUAUGGGUCGUCUGGCCACCUCCCUUUGGGGUUGACUGGUGAGCCUGAUUUUGUUGAAGACUUGUAUGACCGCCAUCAUCGGCCUCUUCAAGCCCCGAUCGGUACCCGUCCGUCGUCGUCUCACCGACCGAUUACCCCGAAUCCUAAGCUCAACCCGGCAGCUCCCACAUUCAGGACCAUCUUUACGGGCAAGAAGUCUGACAAGGGUAAAGACAAGGAUAAGGAGUCCGACGCCUCGUUCAAUCCUCACGGGGAGGAUAUGUCUCCAUCCGAACCUCGCACUUCCCGCUCUCUGUCUCACUUCACUGGUGAAUCGUAUGAAUCCCUGGAGCGCAUGCCAUCCAGCACGUCUGUAGACAAUGCGUCCAAGGAAUCAUUCAUUCGCAAGAUCACCCGCAAAGGCAGCUCCAGCAAGUUCAGUUCCUGGAAAGAUCGCUCGGGACUGUUCUCUAAGAAGGGCGAUUCCUCUCAAGGUGAUAUUGAUGAAGAUGAAGCUCAGCUGGGCAAGAGUGUGGACAGCACCGUCUCUAGCGUUCCUUCGGGAGAUCGAUCAACCCGCGGCAGUCUUGGAUUUUUCUCCCGCAAGUCACGACGGUCGGAUAAGGCAAGCGAGACUAGCGAGCUGACUAGCGAGCUGACGAGUGAAGCCGGUGAUGAGGAGAUCCCGGAGGUUGCUGAAACAUGA